GCCCGAAGACCCAUCGGUCUGAUCGGUGAUCGGCUGCGCCUCCUGGUGAACUGCAGUCCCCGGCAUCGCGCCCCUCUCAACGGCUUCAGCUGUGGCGGUGAUCGUUCCUGGAUUACGGAGAAACCAGUUACCGCAGGACCGGAGCUGCGUCCUCGUUGUCGAAGUUCGGUGCACGUUUCCCGCUGAAGGGGUCGACCGCUGAAGCUCAGCAGACUGCCCAGCCCGUGGUUAUGGAAUAGAGGGGCGGAGUGGAGCCAGGCGUCGGGCCUAUGGAUGUCUAACGUUUGCUAGCUGAGCUAGCCGAUGUGAGGCGGUCUGCCCUUGUUUGGGUCGCUGUGCUAACUAGCUUGGCGCUAUUUUAGUUAGCAUAACAGAUAGCCAACCUGGGCUGCUAGCUUGUUUUGAUGCGGAUAAAUUGAGGGAACCUGCCGGGGUCCACUACAUUUACACCUUUUCUUUUGGAACUUUCUACAAGUUUUUCAUUUUACCUGCUAAGGCAGCGUUGUAUAGCAAGGAAGCUAGCGAGCUAGGUAUGACUCGCACAGAGUGGAGCUUUUGUUUUGGUUGGUGUUAAACUAAUCCGGUUUUUUUUUUUGCACGUCGAUGAUCGAACACCACUUCACUGGACUGUGCGUCGUCUCUUCUCCCCCGCGGGACCGUAGUUAAACACAUCGUUCGGUCCUUCGCGACUCCCUCUCCCACCGACCACUCUCUCCUGUCUUCGGCCGGCUUCAGUGGCUCGCCACUCGGCACCGAGCGCCCGAUGGAGGAUCAUGACAACAUGGACUAUUUUUACCUGCAGGUUCUGCAGAAGGACGUUACCCGCAGGCUGCAGGUCGGCCAGGAGCUCAUCGACUACCUGAACGACCCGCAGCGCUCCUCGGACCUGGAACAGGACAAAGCCCGGCUGGAUAAAACCAUAGACGAGCUGACGGGAUGGGUGAACUCCAGCAACUUCAAGGUGACUUUGCUGGGGAUCGACGUCUGCACUGCAUUUGUGGACCGCAUUGGAGAGCGGUUCAAAGGAUACCUGGGCACAGUCUUACCAGCUCUGGUUGACAGGCUGGGCGAUGGGAAGGACCAGGUCAGGGAGAACAGCCAAGCUCUUAUCCUUCGCUGCAUGGAGCAGACCGCCUCGCCCAUGUACGUUUGGGAGAGGCUGCUUCCUGGUUUUAAACAUAAGAACUUCCGCAGUCGAGAAGGAGUCUGCCUCUGUCUUAGUGCCACGCUCAACUCGUAUGGAGCCCAGCCCCUGAGCCUCAGUAAAAUAGUCCCUCAUCUCUGUGCACUGACUGGAGAUCAAAACCCACAGGUACGCGAGGCGUCCAUAACAACAUUGGUUGAUGUUUAUCGUCACGUUGGGGAGAGGGUCAGAGCAGACGUGGGAAAGAGAGGCCUGCCUGCUGCACGGUUACAGACGAUAUUCACACGUUUUGAUGAAGCCUUGAAUUCAGGCAACAUGGCUCUCAGCCCGAGUCACGAUCGCAAUUUUGAGGAUGACGACAGUGUGGACGGGAGUCGUUCUUCCGCAGCCCAGGCUGCCUUUAAGGUCCCCAAAGUUCCCAAGAAGCCUGCAGAAUCAUCAGCUGCACGCAGACCCAGUGCCACUGGUGGCAAGCUAGUAUCCAAGGAAAGUGCCGGGGGAGUUGAUGAAGAUGAUUUCAUUAGGGGCUUCACAGACGUCCCUACUGUCCAGAUCUACUCCUCAAGGGAUCUUGAGGACAACCUGAACAAGAUCCGUGAAAUCUGUUCUGAUGACAAACAUGACUGGGACCAGAGAGCCACAGCUAUGAAAAAGAUCCGCUCACUGCUGGUGGCAGGUGCAGCCGACUAUGACUGUUUUUACCAGCACCUACGGCUGCUUGAUGGAGCAUUCAAACUGUCGGCUAAAGACCUGCGCUCACAAGUGGUUCGAGAGGCCUGCAUCACUGUAGCACACCUCUCGCUAGUGUUGGGGAAUAAAUUUGACCAUGGAGCGGAAGCCAUUGUUCCUGUGCUUUUCAACCUUAUCCCCAACUGCGCCAAAGUCAUGGCCACCUCCGGUGUGUCGGCUAUUCGCAUCAUCAUACGGUACACACAUGUCCCGAGGCUCAUCCCGCUGAUAACCAGUAACUGCACAUCCAAGUCUGUGGCUGUUAGAAGGCGCUGUUAUGAUUUCUUGGAGCUUCUGCUACAGGAAUGGCAAACCCACUCUCUGGAGAGGCACACAGCAGUUAUGGUGGAGAGCAUCAAGAAGGGAAUUCGAGAUGCCGACUCGGAGGCCAGAGUGGAGGCCCGCAAGGCCUACUGGGGUUUUAGGAACCACUUUCCAUCGGAGGCUGAUGCCCUCUACAACUCCUUGGAGCCAUCAUACCAGAAGACCCUUCAGUCCUUCCUGAAGAGCUCUGGCAGCGUGGCCUCACUUCCCCAGAGUGACCGCUCCUCAUCUUCCUCUCAGGAGAGCCUCAAUCGGCCUCUUUCUUCUAAAUGGUCCGCAGCUCCGGGGCGAGUCCCCGCGGGUUCAAAGGGUGGGUUGUCGGCGGCCUCCCUGCAGCGCUCCCGUAGUGACGUGGAUGUAAACGCAGCAGCAGUCGCUAAGCACCGGCACGUCGGACAGACCAGGGGAGCAGGCCGACUGCCCCCUGGCUCCUACUCCUCACUGGAUGAUGCCUCUGAUAAAACGGAUGGGACCAGGUCAGACACUGGCCGUGUACGUACCAAGCAGCCCCUGUCCACUGCCAGCAGCGUGUCCAGCCAAGUGGACUCAAGAGGACGCAGCCGCACCAAGAUGGUUUCCCAGUCACAACGUUCCGACGAAUCCGAUUGCACACCAGGAUCUCAGUCUGCUACCCCUGUUGGUGCUGGCAGUCGGAGUGGCUCCCCCGGUCGUGUGCUGACGAGUACGGCACUGAGCACCAUGAGCUCGGGGGCCCACAGGGUGCUGGCCGGGACCAGCGGGGACGGGCACAGACGCAGCCGCAUCCCCCGCAGCCAAGGCUGCUCCAGAGACUCUUCCCCCACUCGCCUGUCAGUUGCUCCUUCCAGCAUUAGUUCCAUCUACAACGGAGCGAGUAGAGGAGCUCGGGGCAGUCGUAUCCCUCGGCCCAGUAUGAGUCAGGGCUGCAGCAGAGAGGCCAGCAGGGAGAGCAGCCGGGACACCAGCCCUGUACGCUCCUUCACACCCAUCGCAACACGGAGCUACUCUCGCUCCACCGGAGCUCUACACACACCUGAUACUUUUGGGGCUGCAGGAUCAGGAUCAGGCUUUGGCAUCAGUCAGUCCAGUCGUCUCUCCUCCUCAGUCAGCGCCAUGAGGGUCCUCAACACGGGCUCAGAUGUAGAGGAGGCUCUCGCAGAUGCACUACUGUUGGGAGACAUGCGGUCCAAGAAGAAACCAGCACGGCGGCGUUACGAGAACUACAGCAUGUACUCUGACGAUGACGCUAACAGCGACGCGUCCAGCGCCUGUUCUGAACGGUCCUACAGCUCCAGAAAUGGAGGAGCAAUCCCCACCUACAUGAGGCAGACAGAAGACGUGGCUGAGGUGCUGAAUCGCUGUGCCAGUGCCAACUGGUCUGAGCGGAAGGAGGGACUGUUAGGCCUCCAGGCUCUACUUAAGAACCAACGCACUCUCAGUCGAGUGGAGUUGAAGAGGCUGUGUGAAAUCUUCACCAGGAUGUUUGCCGACCCCCACAGUAAGCGAGACUCCGGCAGGGUGUACGGCACGGCAGAAUCCGGUAUAAGCUCAGCCUCCUUCAAGAGAGUGUUCAGUAUGUUCCUGGAGACACUGGUCGACUUCAUCAUGGUCCAUAAGGACGACCUGCAGGACUGGUUGUUCGUCCUGCUCACUCAGCUGCUGAAGAAGAUGGGAGCCGACUUGCUGGGCUCCGUACAGGCCAAAGUUCAGAAAGCCCUGGAUGUCACACGAGAGUCUUUCCCCAAUGACCUCCAGUUUACUAUUCUCAUGAGAUUUACUGUCGACCAGACACAGACGCCCAACCUCAAGGUGAAGGUGGCCAUUCUGAAGUACAUCGAGACCCUGACGUUACAGAUGGAGGCUCCAGACUUUGUGAACUCUAGUGAGACUCGGCUGGCCGUAUCCCGCAUCAUCACCUGGACGACUGAACCCAAGAGCUCUGAUGUCAGAAAGGCAGCCCAGUUGGUGCUGAUCUCCCUGUUCCAGCUCAACACUCCGGAGUUCACAAUGCUGCUGGCAGCUCUGCCCAAAACCUUUCAGGACGGAGCCACCAAGCUGCUUCAAAACCAUUUGAGGAACAGUGGCAACGCUGCACAGGCUCCAAUGGGCAGCCCUCUGACACGCCACACCCCCCGAUCUCCAGCCAGCUGGUCCAGCCCAGUCACCUCCCCCACAAACACCUCCCAGAACACCCCCUCACCAAGUGCUUUUGACUACGACACAGAAAACAUGAACUCAGAAGACAUCUACAGUUCGCUGAAAGGCGUCACCGAGGCAAUUCAGAACUUCAGCGUCCGCAGCCAAGAGGACAUGAACGAUCCGGUCCAGCGGCGGGAAGGAGAGGAGAGUGGCAGCGGAUCAGACGGCAGAGUAUCGGAUCUGAUGGACGGCGGCCGCAUGGCUCUGGACAACAAGACUUCCCUCCUCAACACACCCCUGCUCUCCUCCAGCCCGCGAGGUGCCCGUGACCACUUCUCCGACUCUCCCUUUAAACACAGCCGCAAAGAAACCAGCCUGGACGAAUCUGACCAAUUCACUGACGAUAGCAGUCUGGAUCAGUCGGAGCUGGUGGCCGAGCUGCUAAAGGAGUUGUCAAAUCACAACGAGCGCAUAGAGGAGAGGAAGGCAGCGCUGUGCGAACUGCUGAAGCUGAUUCGCGAGAACACCCUGCAGGUGUGGGAUGAACACUUCAAGACCAUCCUGCUGCUCCUGCUCGAGACAAUGGGCGACAGAGAGCAUGUGAUUCGAACACUGGCUCUGCGGGUGCUGAGGGAGAUUCUCUGCAAACAGCCCUGGAGGUUCAAGAACUACGCAGAGCUCACCAUCAUGAAGGCCCUGGAGUCCCACAAAGACCCUCACAAGGAGGUGGUGAGGGCAGCGGAGGAGACGGCAGCCAUGUUGGCGCUGUCCAUCAGUCCAGACCAGUGUAUCAAGGUGUUGUGUCCCAUCAUCCAGUCAGCCGACUACCCCAUCAACCUGGCUGCCAUCAAGAUGCAGAGCAAAGUGGUGGAGAGGAUUCCCAGAGAGGGCCUGAUGAGCUUGCUGCCUGAGAUAGUGCCAGGACUCAUACAGGGUUACGACAACUCUGAGAGCAGCGUGAGGAAAGCCUGUGUGUUCUGCUUGGUGUCCAUUUAUGCAGUGAUCGGAGAGGACCUCAAACCGCACCUCAGCCAACUCUCCAGCAGCAAGCUGAAGCUUUUGAAUCUGUACAUUAAGCGCGCCCAGUCCGGCUCAGGCGGCAGUGAGCCCCCUUCUGAGGGCCUAUAGGAGACACAGCGCCCUCCCAAAGGACAACCACAGAACUGCAACUCUGCCCACCUAACAUAAAACAUCUGUUCCUGCGCUAACAUCCACACAGACCAAGAACAAAACAAACACAUCCUAACACUCUUUCACAUGAGCAAACUGCUUACAUCGACACGUCGGCUUGCACUCUGGACAGCAGAGUGCAAGCCGUGUGUGUGUGUGUGUGUGCGCGCACGCAUAGAUACACACCAGUCCUCACACAUUUACUGACACACUGCGAAAUGGAUGUUGUGGUGCAGGGGAGGAGUGUUCAGGAGUUCUCCUGACCGUCGCCGAGGAUCAGACUGAACUGAACCCUUACAUUUGCAUUCAAUUACAUGCUCCACCCAGGUUUGUCAGCGAUCACUCAAGGAUGAAGAUAUGAAAUGUCUGUCGUCGCCACUCUCCAUUAUAUCUCAAACAGUAUCUCCUCUGAACAACAGCUCGAUGUCAACGGGAAGAGGUGCAUCUGCAUGGUUCCCAUUUUCCUGGGGGGGUAAAUUAAUUCAUCAAACAGCACUGAGACAUACAAGCGGUGCCGUCUUUGUUUCCUUCUCGGACAGUGAGUAAACUGGGGCCAGGUAGAAAGGAAUGUAAAUUUGCAUUGUGUCAUAGUUUGAUUUAAUCAAUGAGGUUUUACUGCAGCAUUUCUUUUUUUAAGUGUGAAGUUUUUUUGUCUCGCAUACACAUAAACAAAGGUUCUCUCUUUCAAAAAGGUGCUUGUGAGCCAAAAAGGUACGACCAAUUGACCCAGCACAGCACUAAUGUCAGUGGAUCAUGCCUGCUCAUAGAAAUACAAAGGCAGAUUCCAAAUAAUAGGAGGCGUUGUGUGCUUGGAUAUGCAUGAGACUAAAUUUAAAAAGAAAAACUUUUUAAUCUGGGUCCUAUUGCCAGUCUGAAUACCGUGACUGGGGUUUUAAAUUGAUGUGAAAAUGUCCGACCCUUUCAGAUAACUCCAUGGUGUCCUCCGUGUCUCCCAGCUCAUCUUGGAUCAGUCCAUGGGUGCGUGCUGCUUUUACUACAUGAAGUAUGACAGGACAUGUCUUUUUAUCACAUAGUGGAUAUGUAUCUAUAUAUGAUAUUGAAAUUGAAUACUCAGUAACAGUGUCAUUUAGGAGAGUCACCCUCGGAGGUUGCACGCACGUACCUGUGCCCAUCCUUGUUUUUAUUUUAUUUUUUUGUCUUGCUCUCUGUUGCGUGUGCGGUAGUCUCCCUCUCAUACUUAUUUUUCUCUGCUGAGAAAUUUGUAGAAAUGUAUUAUUUACAGCUCUGAAAAAAAGUCACAUCAUCCUUUUCCUCGUCUCCUCUUCAUUGUAUCUUUCUUUACCUUCCUCUUCUUGUAACAUUCUCGUUUUCACUGUUGUGUUUCCUCUGUGCAUUUACAAAGCUGUGCUUACAAUAAAAUAAAGAACUUGUACAGAUCA